AUGGACCAAUUAAUUAUGCUUUUAUCAGAAAUUGCACAUGGGCAGUUCUCCAAAUGGUUAGAUAACAACAAAUUGAAAGAACCCAACUAUGCAUACUGGUUUCAUAACCUAAACUUGAUGCUCAUGUCCGAGAAAUUGGACAAGGUUGCCAAAAUCCCAACACCGGAACGUCUAGGUGAUAGGGCUUCUAAGGAAGUUGAUCCUGAUGAAGAGAGCUUGGGAGUAGUGGAAGAUAAUCCACUGAUUCUAGAUAAUAACAUCCAGUUUAGAAGAUCUACCCGGGUUUCUAGAACUCCAAUACAUGACAGAUUCUUUGAAGUGAGUAAUUGCCAUGAAAGUCAAAUGAACUUGGUGAAAACCAAUGAAGUCUGGACUGUCGUAAACCUGCCCCCUAGGAUGAAAGCAAUCGGUUGCAAGUGGAUCUACAAGAGGAAAAAGGGCUCUGAUGGAAAAGUUGAGACCUAUAAAGCUUGGCUUGGAGCGAAAGAGAAAAAGAUGAUCCCCCUUGGUGACGAUAACAAGGAAUUGGCUUCAGAUGAUGGGUUUGUUGUACCUAAAACCAAUGCAUUCGGCCAUACAUUUAGGGAUUAUGACGCAGAAAGUGAGAGAAAAAAGACGGUUGAAGAAUUCUACAGGAUGAAUCACAUUAACCAAUCUUAUGACUUCGUAAAGAGAAUGAGGCAAGAAUAUGGUAAACUAAACAGGGCUGAAAUGAGCAUAUGGGAAUGUUGUGAACUUCUCAAUGAGUUUGUGGAUGAGAGUGAUCCAGACCUUGAUGAACCUCAGAUUGAGCACCUAUUGCAGACAGCUGAAGCUAUCAGAAAGGACUAUCCUAAUGAAGAUUGGUUGCACUUGACAGCCCUUAUUCAUGAUUUAGGGAAGGUUCUUCUUCAUCCUAGCUUUGGUGCUCUUCCUCAAUGGGCUGUUGUAGGUGACACAUUCCCUGUUGGAUGCGCUUUCCAUGAAUCAAAUGUUCAUCACAAGUACUUUAAGGACAAUCCAGACUACAAUAACCCUGAUUACAACACCAAAAAUGGAAUUUACUCAGAGGAAUGUGGGCUUGACAAUGUAAUGAUGUCAUGGGGACAUGAUGACUAUAUGUACUUGGUGGCCAAGGAGAAUAAGACAACUCUACCAUCAGCUGCACUUUUCAUCAUCAGAUACCAUUCUUUCUACCCUUUACAUACUUAUGGAGCAUACAGACACCUAAUGAAUGAGCAAGAUGUUGAGAAUUUGAAGUGGCUUCACAUUUUCAAUAAGUAUGAUCUUUAUAGUAAGAGCAAGGUUCGAACUGAUGUUGAAAAAGUCAAGCCAUACUAUCUAUCUCUCAUUGACAAGUACUUCCCAGCAAAACUAAGAUGGUAA